AUGAGUCACGUAUCACAUGAUUUAGCCGUGAUUCCCUCGCGUACUCCUUUCGGCAAUAGCAAUAAAACACGCCUUUCCUCUGUACCACCAUCAUCACCCACAUAUCUGCUGCUAGCUUCGCGCCUUUGGGACCAGACUUCGAAUUACAUGCGAAAUACAUCGUCUAGCCACACCGCGUCCAUCCGCACUCAAGCUAACAGCGUAUGGUCGACAUGCUCCACUCAAGCCUUUAGGCCCAAUUUGAAUGUCCCUCUCGUUACGAAAAUCGCGUCUAUCGCGUCGGGGGAAGACCCGGAUGCUCCGGUGAAGGCAGGAAAACGAAAGUCCAGGCAAUCCUCUCCGACAACACGUGCAACAAAAAGGACGCGGACAUCACUCGGUCUGCAGGAAAACGAUGACACGGGAGACUCAAGUGACGAAAGCGCCAGCUCGGCGGUUGCUGAGAAGUAUCCUGGUCUUUAUGGAUUACGAAACCGCACCGAAUCAGAAACCGAACUCGUUCCUAUCUUGCAUCAUACCAUUCAGAUCCAGUACCUGAAGGGCAAACCACCGAACAGCGGCUCCGCUACCCCAGACAUUAAGACACGUAAAAAGUGGGACGAAGAGGAUGGUGCAUUGCAAGAGCUCCUGUAUUCGUUAAGCGAACCUUUAACUUCUCCGAAAGCCAUAGACCUGGGCGAAAUACGUCUCGCAGAACACAAUGGUCGUAUUGUGGGCGUUUCAGCUGACCCUCGUUUUCACAUUGAGGGGGACAUGUGGCUGUUUCUCGUUCCCGCUCUCACGAUCGACGGUGACUCGAACGAUUUGUCGUCUUCAUCGGACUUUCUGUCAGCAUGCUGCACCCUCCAGUCGGUUGGCAAGGUUCAUCUUGAUGCGCGGCUCACCAUUGAAAUCCAGCCAAAUGCUUCCACUGACACAGAGCGUCCAGACCUUCCAUUCCUUUUACACAUCGAGAUAACCGUCUCCUUAGCUCUUCCUGCAACCCUCGAUUUCGAGCCACCCAAGGUUGUCUCGAAGAAGGCUCAACGGAUAGCGCUGGAAGAUGCUCAGCGGCGUCUUCUUCAUGCCGUGUAUGUUGACGGGGGACUUGCAUCAACCGCUGUUUGCGAUCCUGUCACUGUUUCGACCUUCUAUACCAUCAUGGGACCAGCUCCAGAACUACCGUCAAAACUGGCUAUGGAUACAAUGCAGCCAGACCUCCUGCGACCCACCCUCCUGCCGUUCCAGCGUCGAAGUGUAGCCUGGCUCCUUCAGAAGGAAGGAAUGACAGUGUCAGAAGACGGCACUGUCAUCGCUGAUACCUCAAACCACAACUUUUCUUUCUGGAGAGAGAUCCAAGAGGGAAACCAUAUGUGGUUUUUGAAUCUUCUCAGCGGCGAACUCGUGGAUGAACAGCCAGCAAUGCCUGACAUCUACGGUGGUAUGUUGGCUGAGGAGCCGGGUUUGGGUAAAACCGUCGAGACGAUCUCGUUGAUUCUGCUGAACCCCGCACUACCGGAUUGGAACCCGUCGCUGACGCGAUGGGACCCUAUCGCCUGUUUAGACGUGAAGGCGGUCAAGACAACUCUUAUCGUCACACCCCCAUCGCUCAUUUCGCAAUGGAGAGACGAGUUGGCAACUCAUGCCCCGUCCCUCAAGGUAUUGAUAUACGAUGGUUGGACCAAACUCAAAGUCCCCGCCCUGAAGAACGAGAGGGAAUUUGACCGCCUCGCAAAGCUCGCGCUCGACGACAAGCCCAAGAAGAAGCGAAGGGCGAAAGGCAAGGGCAAGGCCGCUGGAGACGAUGAUGACAUGGAUGUCGACGAAGCCAGCAUUCCUAGCACCCGCGAUGAUGCCGGCGAGCUAUUGGAAUGGUGCGAUUACGUGCACCAGUUUGACGUGGUAUUAAUCACGUACAAUGUCCUCCGGUCUGAGAUCUACGUCGCACGUCCCGCACCUGACCGUCCUCGACGAGACGAUGCUGCGUAUUGCCCAUCUGGUCGCGCACGGAGCCCUUUGGUCAUGGUCGAAUGGAAGCGUGUUGUCAUGGACGAGGUUCAGAUGGUCGGAGGAGGCAAUGCUGCAGAAAUGGUUUCCCUUAUCCCUCGUCUCUCUUCAUUGGCCGUGUCUGGUACGCCCGCCAAAGCGCAGAUGUCGGAUUUGAUCCAUGUCUUGAAAUUCUUACGAAUCGACCAGCUAGUUGGUGGCCUCAAGCUCUGGAACAGGUUACUAAAACCUGGAUUUUCCAUGGAGUUCACUGCAUUCCUGCAGCAUUACGGAAUACGGACUGCGAAAGCGAACGUCACUUCCGAGCUCACAAUUCCACCGCAGACCAGAUAUCUGGUCGGGAUCGAAUUGGGAAAAGUCGAGCGUCAUGUAUACGACCAGAACCUUGAAGCCAUCCUCCUGGAACUGGGCCUCGACGCCAGAGGAGUUGCCGCCUCCAACGGGUGGGCGGUAAACAGCAAUCUACUCCGGACUUCGAUUCGUCGUCUGCGAGGUUUCUGUACCCACCCCCAAGUUGGUCAGCUGCAGAGGAAGGGUGACGGGGUCUUUAAGCCAGGCGCACUGAAGACCAUGGAUGCCGUUCUGCAAUCCAUGAGAGAUCAAAAUUGGAGAAACCUCAUGGAAGAUUGGAAGCUUAAGGUCGAAUCCAUUCUUCGAACGGCGCGGCUUCUUCAAAAGGUCGACACCGACAUGAAGCGGUAUCAGCACUCCUUGGAAGCGUUGAAGGAUGCCGAAGAGGACGCUCAGCAACACGUUAACGAAAUUAAGGAUAUACUGGCCCAACACGACGCCAAAGGGAAGAUCUUGAUUGAAGAACCUGCUUUACUGCGUCAACAACGACAGGAGUCAGAUCCCGUACCUAAGAUCAAAGGGAAAGGAAAGGAGCGAGAAGUCGAAUCGGAUGAUGAAGACGAUGGAGAGGUGCAAGAUGGUGAAGACUCUGAGGAGAAGAAAUUGCCCAAGACCCCGGCGGGAGAGGAGCAUCGUAAUAACGAAGGGCCAUCCGCGAAGUUCUUCCAGGGAGAUAUGUACCAUGUCCUUGGAAACACGGCUGAUGAAGACGCUGCCUACAAUGCUGCCGAGAAACUUCGGCGUCAGAUCCUGAAAGCUACCGAGGAUGAAGCUAACAAGGCGAUGGGCGUGUUCAGCGGUUCAAAAUCGAAGAAAGUGUCGCUCAGCGAUCUUGUCCUCGAUUCUAAUCUCCUUGGACAAGGAGGAAUCAGGUCCUCCGAUUUGAUGGUCGAAGUUAACUUCCUCAUAAAGAACGUCCUUGACGAGCAGGCUGUACUCAUGUGGCACUGGAGAACGAAGAUCGUCGAGCUUGUGACACGACCGUUGAACCCUGAAGAUGAGGUGGACGGUCAAGAGUACCAGCGCACGUUGGAUGAUCAGGGCGAAGUCGAGACUUACAUUCAAGCGUAUGCUGGUCUUCUCGCUGAUCGUCGUCAGGCUUUGAUGAACGAGCGAUCUUUGCUCGCCACCCUGGACGAUCGGGAGAACUCUGUCCAACCGCCGGGGGUAUUGGACGAUCAGCUGGAUGCAGAAGACUUGGACGCGCUGGCAAAGAACGUCGAAUUACAUCAGGAAUUAGUUGCUGAACGGAAGAAAUUCUUAAAGAAGUUACACGAAAGAGCGAUCAAAAGUGUUCUGGUGGACCUUACCGCUGUAGCUGCAAAAAUCCUGCCCGAUACCCAUCCGGAAAGGAUUUUGGUGAAAGAUGCAAUAGAGAAGACACGGCGUUACAUGUCUGAACAAAAUGCGCUGCACACCAAGUUGGACGCAGACAUCGCUCUUCUCCGCAAAGCAUUCAACCGUCGCAUUGUUUAUUUCCGCCAACUGCAAGAAAUAUCCGAUUCCGUAGGAGAGAUAGAAUGGGGAGACCGCACCAUCCCUGAGGCCCUCCAGGCCUAUGAAGAUGAGAAGACGGAACUGGAAGCUAAGAUAAAGAUGAGCCGCGCUCGUCAGCGGUACCUGGACAACCUUUCGGAGAAAGGCGUUGGAGCGGCAAACGAGGACGAGAAUGACCAGACAUGUAUUCUGUGCCGUUAUGAUUUCGCCCGAGGAUUCAUAACUCAAUGCGCCCAUGUGUUCUGCGAGAUUUGCAUGAAGCAGUGGCUGAACCGACGAGAAGGCAAAACGUGCCCAGUGUGUCGCGUCCCCGUGGAUCCCAAGACCGUUCAGCGUUUCACCAUCAAUGAGAAUGAAGCACCUCCGCAACCGGUAGCAGGCGAACCUGCUCCGCAAUCAAGACGGCGGAUCGUUUAUAAUACUAUCGGCACCCAUACUUUCGAUAAAAUCCAAAACAUGGAGACUUACGGUGACUUCGGUAGCAAAAUCCAGACGCUUGUUCGGCACCUGCUUUACCUAAAGCAAGCCGACCCUGGAGCGAAGAGCAUCGUUUUCUCUGCAUGGGCAGAUUCGUUACACAUUGUCGAGUUGGCGCUGCAAGACAAUGGGAUCAAGUGUUUGCGCAUCGACCAAACUUCGCGAGGCGAACAUGCCGUUCAUAAGUUCAGGAAGGAUAAAGAUACCUUGGUCUUACUGCUGCACGGGGAGCGGGAGAACGCCGGUCUAAAUAUCACUUGCGCGUCACGCGUCUUCCUCCUUGAAAGUGUUGUCCACCACAGCUUCGAGAUUCAAGCCAUUGCUCGUAUCGACCGUCUGGGCCAAACUCGCCCCACGGAAGUCUACUGCUACUACGCAAUGGACACCAUCGAGCGCAACAUCCUCGACCUCGCCGCACGCAAAGGUCUCUCCCUCUACACCAAAGACAACUCCUCGGGCACCGUCAACGUCUCUCCAUUCCUCAGUUCCGAGCCCGAAGGACAAACCGUCGAUGGGCUCGACGAUCACGAGUUCCGGCAGGCGAAGAUGAACAAGUGGGAGCGUGCGCUCCUCCAGAAGGGGGAUUUCAUCCACCGCCUGGACGAUAUGCUGGCGAUUCUGUUCCCGCAUAUGUUUGAGGACAUCGAGUUCUUGUUGCCGCGCGAUGAGGGUAAUGCAGAAGGGGAUGUGGAGAUGAGGGAUGGAAGUACGAUUAGCUUGCCAGUAAGGCGGGCCAACGAGGUAAAUGCAGCGGCUGGGCCCUCUCGCCUUCGGUAG